GUAGUUCGGGUGCCAGUCACGACCGAGUGGGGGUGUGCUCUCGGUCCUUUUUCCUAACUUACUUUCAACUUGUUUACGUUUUUUUUGUGUUAUUUGUUGUCUGUUUUUCUCCCAGACUGUUGUUAAUGAGCUAAACCCAGCCUGCUCUAUAAUUAGCAAUUUAAGCUAGCUGCCCGAGUGCACUUUGGGUGAAACCGGACAGGUAGCAUCGUUACAAUGUUAUUUACCACUGAUAAAGAAUUGUUUUUAAUACUUUGUGAAUAACCUAAAAUAGUCUGACAUUUGUGCAGGUUUAUUGUCGCAUAAAUUUGUUUCAGCGACUUUACGGUUUGUUACGUAAGCUGUAACAGUAAUGAGCAGUGUGCCACCAGUGAGUGUUCCGUGUGUGUGUGUGUGUGGGAGGAUAAUCUAUAUAAUGACCACAUUUCUCAAAAUUAUUUAAAGAUAUAAUAAUACAAAAAUGUCGACGUCGCCGCGUCCCGUCCGUUGCUCUGCAGAGCGGCGCAGUUACGCACUAUGCGCAAUGUCAUGACACACAUCGGCGCAGUACUGUUGAGGUGGCCAUAUUGCUGUCGUGAACCCAAGACAAGAUGUCCCAUCGAAGCGGUCAGGAGGACCCGGAGCGGUACCUGUUUGUGGACCGCGCUGUGGUCUACAACCCGGCCACACAGGCCGACUGGACAGCCAAGAAGCUGGUGUGGGUCCCCUCUGAGCGCCACGGCUUCGAGGGGGCCAGUAUCCGCGAGGAGCGUGGCGAGGAGGUUCUGGUGGAGCUGGCGGAGAAUGGCAAAAAGGUGUCCGUCAACAAGGACGACAUCCAGAAGAUGAAUCCGCCCAAGUUUAGCAAGGUGGAAGACAUGGCGGAGCUCACCUGCCUGAAUGAGGCGUCGGUGCUGCACAACCUGAAGGACCGUUACUACUCCGGACUCAUCUAUACGUAUUCCGGCUUGUUCUGUGUGGUCAUCAACCCCUACAAGAACCUGCCCAUCUACUCGGAGAACAUCAUUGAGAUGUACCGAGGGAAGAAGAGGCACGAGAUGCCGCCUCACAUCUACGCCAUCUCGGAGUCGGCAUACCGGUGUAUGCUCCAAGAUCGUGAGGACCAAUCGAUCCUUUGCACAGGCGAAUCGGGUGCCGGUAAGACCGAGAACACAAAGAAGGUGAUCCAGUACCUGGCCCACGUUGCCUCGUCGCACAAAGGACGCAAAGACCACAACAUUCCUCCAGAAUCUCCCAAAGCAUUCAAGCUACAGGGCGAGUUGGAACGCCAGCUCCUCCAAGCCAACCCUAUCCUGGAAUCGUUUGGCAACGCCAAGACGGUGAAAAAUGACAACUCAUCUCGCUUUGGCAAGUUCAUCAGAAUCAAUUUUGAUGUCGCGGGCUACAUCGUCGGGGCCAAUAUUGAAACCUACCUUCUGGAGAAAUCACGGGCCAUCAGGCAGGCCAAAGAUGAGAGGACUUUCCACAUUUUCUACCGACUGCUGGCAGGAGCCGGGGAACAUCUCAGAACGGACCUUCUCCUGGAAGGCUUUAACAACUACCGUUUCCUGUCAAAUGGCAACAUUCCGAUCCCUGGCCAACAGGACAAAGACAAUUUCCAAGAGACACUGGAGGCCAUGCACAUCAUGAGCUUCACCCACGAUGAGAUCGUCUGCAUGCUGAAGGUUGUCUCAGCCGUGCUGCAGUUUGGCAACAUUGUCUUCAAGAAAGAGAGAAACACCGAUCAGGCUUCCAUGCCUGAGAAUACAGCGGCACAGAAGCUUUGCCAUCUGCUUGGGAUGAACGUGAUGGAGUUCACAAGAGCUAUCCUAACUCCAAGGAUAAAAGUGGGACGGGACUACGUGCAGAAGGCACAGACCAAGGAACAGGCUGACUUUGCCGUGGAAGCCCUGGCCAAAGCUACGUACGAGCGCCUGUUUCGCUGGCUGGUCCAUCGUAUCAACAAGGCCCUGGACAGGACGAAGCGGCAGGGAGCAUCUUUCAUUGGGAUUCUGGAUAUCGCUGGUUUUGAGAUUUUUGAGCUGAACUCCUUCGAGCAGCUCUGCAUCAACUACACCAACGAGAAGCUGCAGCAGCUCUUCAACCACACCAUGUUCAUCCUGGAGCAGGAGGAGUACCAGCGGGAGGGCAUCGAGUGGAGCUUCAUCGACUUCGGUCUGGACCUCCAGCCUUGCAUUGACCUCAUCGAGAGGCCGAAUAACCCCCCUGGUAUUCUGGCUCUGCUGGACGAGGAGUGCUGGUUUCCCAAAGCCACCGACAAGACCUUUGUGGACAAGGUUCUCCAGGAGCAAGGCACGCACACCAAGUUCCAGAAGCCACGUCAGCUCAAGGACAAAGCCGACUUCUGCAUAAUCCACUACGCGGGAAGGGUGGACUACAAAGCCGAUGAAUGGCUCAUGAAGAACAUGGACCCCCUGAACGACAACGUGGCCACUCUGCUGCACCAGUCCACCGACAAGUUUGUGGCCGAGCUCUGGAAAGACGUGGAUCGAAUCGUGGGCCUGGAUCAAGUCGCCGGCAUGAACGAGACGGCGUUCGGCGCGGCGUACAAGACCAAGAAGGGCAUGUUUCGAACCGUGGGUCAGCUCUACAAGGAGCAGCUGUCCAAACUCAUGGCCACACUGAGGAACACCAACCCCAACUUUGUCCGCUGCAUCAUCCCCAAUCACGAGAAAAGAGCUGGGAAACUGGAUCCCCACCUGGUUCUGGACCAGCUGAGAUGUAACGGUGUCUUGGAAGGCAUCAGAAUCUGCAGACAGGGCUUCCCCAACCGCAUCGUCUUCCAGGAGUUCAGACAGAGGUAUGAGAUCCUCACUCCUAACGCCAUCCCCAAGGGCUUCAUGGAUGGCAAGCAGGCCUGCGAGAGAAUGAUUCAAGCCCUGGAGCUUGACAACAACCUGUUCCGUAUCGGCCAGAGUAAAAUCUUCUUCAGGGCCGGAGUGCUGGCCCACCUGGAGGAGGAGAGGGACCUGAAGAUCACGGACAUCAUUAUUUACUUCCAGGCUGUGUGUCGCGGCUAUCUGGCACGCAAAGCUUUUGCCAAGAAGCAGCAGCAGCUGAGCGCGCUGAAGGUCCUCCAAAGAAACUGUGCCGCGUACUUGAAGCUGCGUCACUGGCAGUGGUGGAGACUCUUCACCAAGGUGAAGCCCCUGCUGCAGGUGACCAGGCAAGAGGAGGAGAUGCAGGCUAAAGACGAGGAGCUGGUGAAGGUGAAGGAAAAGCAAACAAAGGUGGAGGGACAGCUGGUGGAGAUGGAGCGAAAACACCAGCAGCUCGCGGAGGAGAAAAGCAUCCUCGCGGAGCAGCUGCAGGCCGAGACCGAGCUGUUUGCCGAGGCCGAGGAGAUGAGAGCUCGCCUGGCUACCAAGAAGCAGGAGCUGGAGGAGAUCCUUCACGACCUGGAGUCUCGGCUGGAGGAGGAAGAGGAGCGGGCCCAGGGAAUGAUGAACGAGAAGAAGAAGAUGCAGUCUCACAUCCAGGACCUGGAGGAACAGCUGGACGAGGAGGAGGCUGCGAGGCAGAAGCUGCAGCUUGAGAAGGUGACGGCUGAGGCCAAGAUGAAGAAAUAUGAAGAGGAUAUUUUGCUCCUGGAGGACCAGAACUCUAAAUCUGUCAAGGAAAAGAAACUGAUGGAGGAUCGAAUCGGCGAGAUGACUCUGAUGCUCGCCGAGGAGGAGGAGAAGGCCAAGAACCUGGGAAAGGUCAAGAACAAGCAGGAGAUCAUGAUGGUCGACUUGGAGGAGAGGCUGAAGAAGGAGGAGAAGACCCGUCAGGAGCUGGAGAAGGCUAAGAGGAAGCUGGACGGAGAGACGUCCGACUUCCAGGACCAGAUCACGGAGCUCCAGACCCAGAUAGAGGAGGUUAAAGGUCAACUGGUCAAGAAAGAAGAGGAGCAGCAGUUGCUUCAAGCCAGGGGGGAAGAUGAGAUCACCCACAAGAACAACGCUCUGAAGCAAGUGCGGGAGUUGCAGGCCCAGCUGUCCGAGCUCCAGGAGGACAUGGAGUCGGAGAAACAGGCCAGGAACAAGGCUGAGAAGCUGAAAAGGGACCUGAGUGAAGAGCUGGAGGCGCUGAAGACCGAACUGGAGGACACUCUCGAUACAACCGCCGCCCAGCAGGAGCUGAGAACCAAGCGAGAGCAGGAAGUUGCAGAACUGAAGAAGGCCAUUGAGGACGAGACUAAAAACCACGAGGCUCAGAUCCAGGAGAUGCGCCAGAGGCACGGCACUGCUUUAGAAGAGCUGUCCGAGCAGCUGGAGCAGGCCAAGAGGUUCAAAGCCAAUCUGGAGAAGACCAAGCAGAGCCAGGAGAGCGCCAACAAGGAACUGGUGGGUGAGGUCAAGAACCUUCAGCAGGCCAAGACGGAGUCCGAGCACAAGAGGAAGAAACUGGAGGCUCAGCUGCAGGAAGUCACGGCCAGAGUCACGGAGGGGGAGCGCAGCAAGGGGGAGCUGGCCGAGCGUUCUCAUAAACUUCAGACGGAGUUGGACAAUGUGUCAGCCAUGCUGGAAGACGCAGAGAGAAAAGGCAUCAAGAUGACGAAAGACGUGGCCGGCCUGGAAAGCCAACUCCAGGACACCCAGGAGCUCCUCCAGGAGGAGACCCGUCAGAAACUGAACCUCAGCAGCCGCAUGCGGCAGCUGGAGGAGGAGAAGAACGCCCUCCAGGAGCAGCAAGAGGAGGACGAGGUGGCUCGCAAAAACCUGGACAAACAGUUGCUGACCUUGCAAGCUCAGCUCUCGGAGAGCAAGAAGAAGUUAGACGAUGACGUAGGAACCAUAGAUUGCCUGGAGGAGGCGAAGAAGAAGCUUCAGAAGGACAUGGAGCUGUCAUGCCAGCGUCUGGAGGAGAAGACCAUCGCUUUUGAGAAGAUGGAGAAGACAAAGACGCGUCUGCAGCAGGAGCUGGAUGAUCUGACGGUUGACUUGGACCACCAGAGGCAGAUUGUGUCCAACCUGGAGAAGAAACAGAAGAAGUUUGACCAGAUGCUGGCCGAGGAGAAGAACAUCUCAGCUCGCUACGCGGAAGAGCGUGACCGGGCCGAAGCUGAGGCCAGAGAGAAGGAGACCAAAGCUCUGUCCAUGACCAGAGCGCUGGACGAAGCUCUGGAGGCCAAAGAGGAGCUUGAGAGGGUCAACAAGCAGCUCCGUGCCGAAAUGGAAGAUCUGAUGAACUCCAAGGAUGACGUGGGCAAGAACGUUCACGAGCUGGAGAAGUCCAAGCGCACUCUGGAGCAGCAGCUUGAGGAGAUGAAGACUCAGCUCGAGGAGCUGGAGGAUGAGCUGCAGGCCACGGAGGACGCCAAGCUGCGUCUGGAGGUCAACAUGCAAGCCAUGAAGGCCCAGUACGAGCGAGACCUUCAGGGCCGCGACGACCAGAACGACGAGAAGAAGCGAGCGCUGAUUAAGCAGGUGCGAGAGAUGGAGGCGGAGCUGGAGGACGAGAGGAAGCAGAAGGCCUUGGCCGUCGCCGCUAAGAAGAAGCUGGAGAUGGAUUUGAAGGACGUGGAGGGUCAGAUCGAAGGAGCCAGCAAAGCCCGAGAUGAAGCCAUCAAACAGCUACGCAAGUUGCAGGCCCAAAUGAAGGACUACCAGAGGGAACUAGAAGAUGCCAGGGCUUCCAGAGAUGAUAUUUUCGCCCUGUCUAAGGAGAACGAGAAGAAACUCAAAAGCCUCGAGGCCGAGAUUGUGCAGCUCCACGAGGACCUGGCGGCAUCAGAGAGAGGUCGACGCCACGCCGAGCAAGAACGAGAUGAGCUCCAAGAUGAAAUCUCAAACAGCACAUCUGGAAAGUCGGCUCUUAUGGACGAGAAGAGGAGACUGGAGGCUCGGAUUGCUCAGCUGGAGGAGGAGCUAGAAGAGGAACAGGGGAACAUGGAGCUCCUCAACGACCGCUUCAGGAAGAGCACUAUGCAGGUGGACACGCUGACCGCCGAGCUGAGCGCGGAGCGCAGCACGGGCCAGAAGUGCGAGAACGCCCGUCAGCAGUUGGAGCGCCAAAACAAGGAGCUGCGGGCCAAGCUGGGCGAGCUGGAAGGUUCGGUGAAAAGCCGCUUCAAGGCCUCCAUCGCCGCCCUGGAGGCCAAGAUAGCGCAGCUGGAGGAGCAGCUGGAGCAGGAGGCCAAGGAGCGAGCUGCUGCCAACAAGCUGGUUAGAAGAACCGAGAAGAAGCUGAAGGAGAUCUGCAUGCAGGUGGAGGACGAACGCCGCCACGCGGACCAGUUUAAAGAACAAGUGGAAAAGGCAAACUCGCGUAUGAAGCAGCUGAAGCGCCAGCUGGAGGAAGCCGAAGAGGAAUCCACGAGAGCCAACGCGUCGCGCAGGAAGCUGCAGAGAGAGCUGGAUGACGCCACGGAAGCCAGCGAGGGUCUCAGCCGUGAGGUCCACACGCUAAAGAACCGCCUAAGGCGCGGCGGCCCCAUCAGCUUUUCCUCCAGUCGCUCCGGAAGACGUCAGCUGCAAGUGGAGGGAACGUCACUGGACCUCCUGUCUGACGACGAGCUGGAAAACAAGGUGACGGACAACAACGCCAACGAGACCCCGCCGCCGCUGCCGCCGCCGCCGCCGCCGCCGCCGCCGCCUCAGCAAGAAUAACGGCCUUAACUUCCAACGCCAUCGGCAGAAAUACGACACCAGCGCUCGCGAUCCCAGACCUUCUCUUUUUCCCAAGAAGCUUUGCCUUACCUAGACCACAUUCAUCCCAUCCCGAAAUCCCACUGCGUUCCUUCGCCAUAAGUUAUUGUAGACGACCGCCUUUCCCGUGUACGGGAAUUACAUAACUCAUACAAACAUGUCUGCCUUCAACAUACUGCAGUUAUCGCGCUUUUAUGUACUUUCUUUUGUGCCUUCUUUCAAGUACUAUGAUUUUUGUCAAGGUGUACUUUAAUAAAAAGUUACUUACUGUAUGUAAUGAUAUUUAGUUAUGAGCUGCUAUUGUUUGCUUCAAUGCUGUGCGAGCGAUGUAUCUCGUUUGUCUCGUGUUCGGUCCAUUCUCCAUUUUCUUGCAAGAGCUCAGUACUUCUACAAACUAAAAAUGGCCGACAGCGACUGGUUUUUGUAACAUUUAUUUUCAUAGCUUAUUUCAACGCAAGAAAAUUGAAUGUGCUUGUUUUACCAGAACAUUAACAAAAUGAUGGUAUCCACAACUCCUGUUUUCUAUUAAAACA